CUUGAAAAGACACCAUAAGUUGUAGUCAAGAUGCCGGAAGACGGGGGAGAGCGCAACAGCAGCAGUCGGCUGCCGCUGAGCGAAGACGAGAUUCGCGCAAAGAAAUAUGACCCGCAGCUGUUCUUGGAAAAUGCACGGAACUUCCAGCUGACCAAAGUGCCUUGCGCCAAGGACAGCCUGUUCCAAGGCGCCCUCGGCGGAGCAACAGUUGGCGUCGUCAGAUUCAUCCGCACAAAAUACAUUGGCUCUGCUGUGAGCUGGUCUAUUGGUGGCUUUGUAGCAUCAUCCCUCAUCAGCCUAGAGAUUUGCCGUCGGACACGGGAGAACCACGAAGCCAAGCUCCGGGAAGCAAAACAGGCCAUGCAGCAGUUUCGCGAAACACAAUCUGGGAAACAGCUCCCAUACUCACAGGACCGCGGCAUCUCUCACGAGUAGCCUCCGCGCAAGCAAGCAAGGCCCAGGAAAGGGGAAGGUGGGGCGCUUGGGGAAGCAGCUGGCGGUGUGUAACUGAGCGUGUGUCAGUCAAUAAGUCAAGGGGACAGCUCUGGUGAUUGUGGGAGUGGGACUUGGCCGCGAGGCGAGCUGUUGUGCUGUGGUGCGAGGCGAGUUCUGUUGCGCCUUUUUGUUGUUGUGUAUUCGCAGCCUAUUCUUUCACCACUUUUCGUCUCUCGACUGUUAGUUAUCAUGCACAUAAAUUUCUAAUUUCAAG